AACGGCGCGGCGGCAUGCGCUCCGCGGCGUCCCCGGCCCGGGCGACCCCCGGCAGUCGCGGCGCGGCGGGACCGGUGGCGACACGCUCGGUGCGGGCUGGGGGCCGUGGGCACCCGCCGACGAGCCCCGGGUGGGCCCGGACCGAGGCUAGCAGGUAGCGGCGGGCGGCGAGGAGGGCCGGGGGCGGACAUGCCGGGCCCGUCGCCCGGCGGGUCCCCGGAGAGGGAGACAGGGGCCGGCGGGCGGCCGCGGGGACCCGGCCGAGACCGGCGGGUGCGGUUUCGGCUGCCUCACACCGCCAUCGCGGUGCCGUCGGUGCGCGAGGAGGAGCGGCUCUUCUACCGGCGGCUGGAGGCACUGGCGGUGCCGGGGCCCGGCGGCUUCGGGCCGCUCUUCGCUUCCGACGGUUGGAGCGACUUGACGGAGGACGGGCUGCUGCGGAAGCGCGUGGUGCGGGCCGGGCCGGGCGGGCCGCGGCCGUUGCCGGGCCAGGAGGUGUCGGUGAAGGUGCUGGGCGCUCUGGAGGACGGCGGGCUGGUGGAGCGGGACCCGCGGCUCAUCUUCGUGCCGGGUCACGGGGACGUCGUACAGGCACUGGAGCUGGGCGUUCCCACCAUGCAGCCCGGGGAGGUUUCCUUCUUCCUCGCCGCUUUCCCCUACGCCUACGGCCGCCCGGGCAGCUCCGCCCGGGCCCGAGGAGGAAGAGGAGCUGCGGGAGCAGCGCGUGAAGUGCCUCAACAACUGCGCGGCCGCUGAGCUGAAGCUGGGGCGGGCGGAGGAGGCGCUGGUGGCCUGCGAGGCGGCCCUGCGGAUCAGCCCCGACAACGGUCGGGCGUUACUCCGGCG